CCGGGUCGCUUGGCUGGAGGAGUGAAGCAAAGGCAAAAGAAAGACCGUCCAAGCUCUCGCCAACAUGGCACUUCUUCAAACGGCCCUGUGUUUGAGCAAAAGGCACGCUCUCUCUCCGGGAGGCGUCACUCUCAAGAAGGUACUCAUCGACAGUUGCCGGUCGUGCUCGUCAGGUGUCGUCCCCAACGAGAGGAUCCGCAACAUCGGCAUCUCCGCGCACAUCGACUCGGGGAAGACCACCCUGACCGAACGCGUGCUCUUCUACACGGGGAGAAUAGCGGAAAUCCACGAAGUGAAAGGGAAGGAUGGCGUCGGGGCCACCAUGGACUCCAUGGAGCUGGAGAGGCAGAGGGGCAUCACCAUCCAGUCAGCUGCCACCUACACCAUGUGGAAGAACCACAAUAUCAACAUCAUUGACACGCCAGGUCACGUGGACUUCACCAUCGAAGUGGAGCGAGCCCUGCGGGUGCUCGACGGCGCCGUGUUGGUCCUGUGCGCUGUGGGUGGAGUCCAGUGUCAGACGAUAACGGUGAACCGGCAGAUGAAGCGGUAUAGCGUGCCAUUCCUCACCUUCAUCAACAAGCUGGACCGCAUGGGCGCCAACCCUGGCAGAGCCCUGCAGCAGCUGAGGACCAAACUGAACCACAACGCCGCCUUUGUGAACAUCCCCAUGGGCCUGGAGGGCAACAUGAAAGGCAUCAUCGACCUUGUAGAGGAGAGAAGCAUGUAUUUCGAAGGACCUUUUGGGCAAGUCAUCCGUUAUGAUGGCAUCCCAGCAGAUUACCGCGCGGAGGCUGCGGACCGCCGACAGGAGCUGGUGGAAUGCGUCGCCAACGCUGACGAAGUCUUAGGGGAGAUGUUCCUGGAGGAAAAGGUUCCGACCAAUGACGACCUGAAGGCUGCCCUGCGCAGAGCCACAGUGCAGCGUCUCUUCACGCCAGUGUUAGUGGGUACGGCGCUGAAGAACAAAGGUGUUCAGCCCCUGCUGGAUGCUGUGCUCGAUUUCCUGCCUAACCCCACUGAGGUCAAAAACUAUGCCAUCCUCAACAAUGAAGAUUCCAGUGAGACAUCAAAGAUCCAAAUGGACCCAACAAGAGACGCUGCAAAGCCCUUUGUCAGUCUGGCCUUCAAACUGGAGGCAGGUCGUUUUGGUCAGCUGACGUACAUGCGGGUGUACCAGGGUUGCCUGAAGAAGAGCGAGUACAUCUACAACACGCGCACCAGCAAGAAGGUGCGCGUGCAGAGGCUGGUGCGCCUGCACGCCGACCAGAUGGAGGAUGUGGAUGAGGUGUAUGCAGGGGACAUCUGCGCUCUGUUUGGCAUCGACUGUGCGAGCGGAGACACGUUCACGUCCAGAACCAGCGAUAACCUCUCGAUGGAAUCUAUUCACAUCCCAGAUGCUGUCAUUUCCAUGUCCAUGAAGCCAGCCAACAAGAAUGACCUGGAUAAAUUUUCCAAAGGCAUCAACCGCUUCACCCGCGAAGAUCCCACGUUCCGAGUUCACUUCGACACCGAGAGCAAAGAGACGAUCAUCUCGGGCAUGGGCGAGCUCCAUCUAGAGAUCUACUCCCAGAGGAUGGAGCGAGAGUAUAACUGCCCCUGUGUGAUGGGAAAACCCAAAGUGGCUUUCAGAGAAACCAUCACUGGCGCUGUCCCGUUUGACUUCACUCACAAGAAGCAGACCGGAGGUUCUGGUCAGUAUGGUAAAGUUAUAGGCGUCCUUGAGCCUCUGGAGCCAGAACAUUACACGAAGCUGGAGUUUGAAGACCAGACUGUGGGAACCAACGUCCCAAAGCAACUCGUGCCGGCCGUAGAAAAGGGCUUCAGGGAGGCCUGCGAAAAGGGGCCCCUGAGUGGCCACAAAAUCUCUGGAGUGCGAUUCCUCCUGGAGGAUGGAGCCCAUCACAUUGUGGACUCCAAUGAGCUCUCCUUCAUCCGUGCAGGGGAGGGCGCUCUAAAGCAAGUUAUGGAGAAGGCCAACGUCAGUAUCUUAGAGCCCAUCAUGUCGGUGGAAAUCGUGGCGCCUCAGGAGUUUCAGGGCGUGGUUAUUGCAGGGGUUAACCGUCGCCACGGCGUCAUCACGGGCCAGGAUGGAUCUGAAGGGUACUUCACUCUGUACGCUGAUAUUCCACUAAAUGACAUGUUUGGCUACGCCACAGAACUACGCUCUUGCACUGAAGGAAAGGGCGAGUAUACUAUGGACUACAGCAGAUAUCAGCCGUGUCUGCCAAGCACUCAGGAGGAACUCAUCCACAAGUACUUAGAGGCUACGGGCCAGCUGCCUACUAAGAAGAAAUGGAAGAGCUGAGAAGUGUCUCCUUAUUUUGGGACUUAUUGACUUGACCGCCAUAUUUCUCAUCACAAUAGGGCUUUAUCGUUCAAACACGUGGAGCCCAAACCUUUACGCUGUGGAUCAUGUAAGUGGAACCUCCUCCCAUCGUGUCUGAGAAAACUUAAUGUAUCAUUUAUACCCUCAGAUGUGCAUCAUGAGCAGCCAGCAUUCCAAACAAUGCUAGUUAAAACCUUUUUCAAGCAAGUAAGCUUAUGAAUAUUCAUUAAAGCCUCAUUUACACAGAGAUCCUGCAAAUCAGAGCCGAUACUCGUUGAAUAGGCACAAUAUCCUUCAACACAAUAGGGCAGGUAAAAAGCAAUUUAAAUUUACAUUUCACACCUCUGUCACGGCAUCGCGGAAUAUCCUUACACAGGUAUUUAUUCCACACUUAAAACACAUUCAUAAACGUAUUAAAAUGUAUUUCAAUGGCAAUUUGUUUUAAACGUUGAACAGAAAAAUCUGAAAUAUUGCGGGACUGCAAUGGGUGAACCAUGAUAUAGCGAGGGAUUGCUAGAAUAGUCAAACCAUUUAAAUUUGGAGAUUAAAUUAGUCUAAAAAAAAUUUAUAUGUUACAUACUAUACAGUUGUGCUCAUAUGUUUACAUACCUGGGAGGAAUUUGAGAGAGAUAUAGCAUUCUUUAAUUAAAGAAAACGUGUGAUUGGGCAAAAUACAUUUAUUUGUAAUGGUAGUCAAAAUAAACUAGAAGGCAUUUCAGAAUAGAAGAGCAUAGCAGGAAAUAAAAUCAUGAGAUGGUCCCCAUUCAGUCAUCAGUAAUCCCAAAAAUUACCAAUAUUUCACAAAUUGUGCCAGGGUAUAUAAAUGUAUGAGCACAACUGUAUAUUAUUUAAAUAAGUGGCCCAUGAGAGUUAAGUGGGGAAAAAAGCUCAAUAUUUUUACUGUUUUGAUUUAAGUGUUUUUGUACUAUGUACAGAAUGGCUUUGAUUUCACUAUGACUGCAACAAAUACAAAUGACAAAAAAAACACAAUGUGUCGAUCUUUU